GGAGGACGCCACGAAAGAGACGAAGAUGGCAACCGCCAGCGACGGGCGGCGACGGGGCGGCGAUGGCGGCAACACCGCCGCCAGAGCGGCAGACUGGCUCGAUCCCGUAGCACGGCUUGGGGAGAGCGCUGCCCGGGGAACAGAGCGGCAAGAAAGGACGCCGCUGUGGACCGGCUUCCGGGGAGACCGCGACGCGGCGUCCGGCUUCCGGGAGACCACCACGGGCGACCACUCCGGCGGGAGCGAGCGGCGGAAGGAAACUCCACGGGACGCACAGAGACAUGCUGAUACCACGUGUCCUCCUCGGAGGCGCGCGCCCGAACGAAGGAGGUGGGGAUGAGGGACGAAAGGGGAGGAAAGAAAUGACAGGCAGGGGGGAAGGAGAAGGAACGCACAGGACUGCUGCCAACAGCAGCGGGAAGCCCCCCGGAUCGGCGGCACUGGCCGGAGGCCAGCACAAUACCAGAUGCCCUCCUCGGGGGCGCGCGCCCGACCCGAACCUACAGCGUACCCAUCUUGCAGUUGUCCAGGAAGCGCCCGCCGCGACGCAUAUUCCAACUCCAUCUGGUCGAAACAGGCGCCCAAAACAGCCAAGAUCUACUCCAGGGGGGGAGAGGGGGGCGGGGCGAGGGCCCGCGCCGAUCGGCAGAACGAUAAAUCAGAAGACGGUCGCCUUGCUGCAGGCGGCUGGAAAAAUGGCGAGGUUCACCGCAGGCAGCUGGAUACGCAGCGCCGACCCCUCUGCCGAAGACCACGAUGAUGGCACCGAUUUGCUUCUUGGCUCGAGGAGAGCACGCGCUGGGAGGCCCAAUGGCCGCCUUGGCCCUAUUGCCCAGGGGCACGCCGCGCGGCCCCUGCCUUCGCCGCCGCGAGCGCGGGCGCCACCUGGCGACCACGCUACCGAUAGCACCGCCCUCCGUCAACGGCGGAGCCCGGGUCGGCGUGGCUGUCUUGCGCUCCGAGUCCAUGAUGGCCGCCAGCUGCAUCGCCAGCGACUUGUCAGCGUCGUGGUGGAAGUACAGCUGCUUGAUCGCGGGGGAGUCCUUCGCGAAGUUGCAGAUCGCGUCCAGCUCCUGCUCUGGGGACCAGUUGCGGCGGCGCUCGUGCAUAUUGAGGAGUCCCAGCAGGAACUCCUCGUUCUCCACCAACUGCUUGCGCUCACUGGCCUCCACCUGGUCGGCGAAAGGAUCAUCCUGCCGGGCCGCCUCCUUUGGGGGACUCUUCGUCUGGGCCACCGGUGCCUCCGCGGCCUCCUUGUCCAGCGAGGCACGGGCGGCCGCCUUGCAGUGGUGCACGAAAUCCUUCUCGCUGGCGUUCACCUUGGCCUCCGUGGCCUUCUUGACCGCAAACUGCGCCACGGCCGCCGCGAUCUGCGCCCGCAGGUCGUCUCCCUCAGUGUCCGAUGCGGCCGCGCCUGCAUCGACGUCGCUGCCCGCGUCGUCGUCCUGUACCGUUGGAACCGCAGACGCAGCCGCGGACGUCGGCGUCGCGUUGCGGCCGAGCCGGCGGCAAUCGGCAACCACCGCGGCGCUCAACAAAAGGACGACGGCGCGCCCGGCCAGCAUCGCUGCCGGGCUGCACCGUGUCCGCUACAGUAUUCGCAGGGGCGUCUCGCGGGCAGAGUCUCGAGCCAA